AGUGAUUCUGUGGCCGCUCCAUCGCUGAUCUGCAUAAUUCCUUUAGUAAAUCGGGCGCUAAACCAGCGCAGACAGCACAUGCAAAAAAACAACGCUUUUACCAGCCGUAAUUCAUUCUUAUUAAUUUGACCCUUUGUGUUUGUGUAUUUUAGGUGUUGUUCUGAUCGCACUCAAUCAUCUCUUGAUCAAGAGUUAGCGUCUCUGGAAGAGGAAAGAAUUCAAAGAGUGAAAGAUUUACAGGAGCAACAACAACAGCAGCUAUUAACACUGCGACAGACACAGUACUACAGAGAAAAAUACCUCAAAGAAGAACAAGUUAAACUGCUCAUGGAGAAGUUGAGCGCCGUCGCUAAAGAGUCACAGAGUGACCAGCUGAAGAAACUGAAAGAUCUGUGUGAAAAAGAAACAGAAAACCUGAAGAAAAAGAUGGACAAACGAUGGAAAGAGAAAUUUCAUGAGGCCAAAUCACAAGAGAAAAGUCACAGAGUGACAGAAGAAAAGAAGGCGGAGCUGAAACAAUCACAUGUUGUUGAGGCGGUUCAUUGCAUCAGACGUUUGGAAGACGCUCAGGCCAAACGACUCGAACGACUGCUGGAGAAACAUCAAGAUAUUCAGCAGCAAAUCCUGGAUGAGAAGCCAAAGAUGAUCUGGUGCUGCUGUCAGCUACUGCACAAGGACUACAGCAGCACCUGGACCUGCUGCAGAACUACUGUCAGAACUGGGCCAUGACAGUCCAUCUGAAAAAAACUAAAAUUAUGAUCUUCUAGAAAAAAGCCAGAUUACAGGAAACCAGAUACACAUUCACUCAUAGAACACACUCUACACUACGACUACCUCGGUCUUAAAAUCAGUGCUUCAGGGGGUUUUGUUCUGGCAGUGAAUGCACUAAAAGAGAAAGCUAGAAGAGCAUUCUAUGCUAUUAAGGGCAAAUUUACCCAAAUAGACAUUCCUGUAACAAUUUGGAGUAAAAUCUUUGAUAGUAUUAUUAUGCCUAUUGCUCUGUACAGAUGUGAGGUUUGGGGUCCACUCUGUCUGACAGAUUACUCUAGAUGGGACAAACACCCCAUAGAAUCCCUGCAUGCAGAAUUCUGUAGAAACAUUCGAAGAGUUCAGAGAAGAACACCUACUAAUGCAUGCUGGGCCGAACUAGGCAGAUACCCCCUAAUUAUACAUAUUGAAUACAAAAGACAGACACAGACAAACAUGAACGAGUCUGUGCUCACUGUGACAGAGACACACUUUCUCCUUCACUGGGAGAAACUGAACUCUCAAACCUCAUGCCACAGUUCUCCAGUUCAGCAGAAACAGAUCAAAUGCAGGUGUUACUGGGGGAGGACAAUCAUUCAUCAGUUGCAGCUAAAUUCAGAAACCAAUCACUGCCUUAAUGUUCUUCAGUCACAGUAUUUUUAUUUUUUUAUGUUCAUAAUGUCUUGUUAAAUGCUUAUUUUAUAUUAUAUUGUAUAGUGUAUAUUGUUAUUAUAGUUUUUAUUUUAUUCAUUA